AUGCAGAAUAACGUCCUUCUGCAGUUAGUUGGACUAGUGGCGAUAGCGUUCCAUGCAGCUAUAGCUUAUACCAACAAUUCAAAUGCCAUAUACACUUGGGAAGGCGGUCGGAUCGAAUGGCCAUGUGCCACAACUAAGAGGUUAAUCAAGGCGGCUGCCAAGUAUACACCUCGUGAUCUGAUAGCAACCCGCUGCCAGCGAGUGGAAGGUAAAACCGUGUGCGCUUUUCCGCGGUAUAAAAACAUCAUACCGAUCACAUUAAGCCAAAUCUAUGCUACUAAGAAGGGAUGCGAUGUGAAAUUUGAACCGUUUCCAUGUUGGACAGAGCAGGAAGAAGGAAAUUGCGACGCCUUACAGUCGGUGAUCGACAUUUUCAGUGUGGGUGAAUUCGUUUGGGUACUGGAUAGUGGGAUCAUACAAACCCUCCGAACGCCUGUUCAGCGAUGCUCACCCAAAAUAGUAGUUUAUGAGGGUAAAACUGGCCGCAAACUGAAACUCAUUAACUUAGAUCGAUUUGUAACGGAAAAAUCAAGACUGCAAUAUCUACAGGUUGAGUGCUUAAGUGGAGGUCACUGUUAUGUAUACAUUAGUGAUCCUGGAAAUAAUGUUAUAAUUGUGUAUGACGUUUCUGGAGGCCGCGGUUAUCGUAUUGUUUUGCCGCGAGCGGUCUACCAUGGAUGUAGACUGCGAGACGUUUUGUAUAUCUUCCUGAUUCAUCAAAAAGAAUCCACCAAACUGUUUUUCAGCUACCUUUGCGGUCAGCGACUAUUUGCCAUACGAACAGAGCAUCUUCGGAGAGGUCAUGGAGGAAACAUUAUAGAUGUUGGUGAGAAGCCAAAUAUACCGAUUUUCGUAGGAACAGACGCAGGUAGUGGCGUAUUCUUCCGAGAAGAGGGAGAUAGUGAUGUUUAUUACUGGGACACAAAUCAAUGCUUCAAGAAAUCCAAUUUCAAACUAGUUCAUAAAAGUAGUAGUGGUCUUUACGCGACACAUGUAUUUCCAGACUUCCGAGUCAAUCGACUGCUAGUUCUUGAAAAUGAUUUCCCUAGCUAUGUAAAGGAUUAUGCAGGUUGCGGCACGCUUCAUCAAAUUUCUAUAUUAGAUGGAUCGUAUACAUGUGAUUAG